ACUGACGGCUGAUGUUGGAAAUUGCGAACGAGUUACUAGGGGUUGUCCACGAGCAUGAGCUCAAUAUACUGCGCAACCAGAAGCAGACCCUGCAAUUUUCAGAAAUCUCCAGAUGGAUUGAUGACUUGCGGCAGAACAUCCUCGACAUAGAGGUGAACCUUUUCGCUGAUGAGAACGACAACGGCGACACCGGUUCGGUCAAUGUCAGUCAAAGGCUAGAUGAGAACGCCAAAUUGUGCUUCAAAAUUUCCAAUGCCGUCAAACGACUGCAGGAGGAUCUGGACAAACCUAAGCAGCAGAACGAUGACACGGAAAAGGAAGAUGGCUUAGCGAAUCUCGUGCGAAGCACGCAGUUCGGUAGCAUUAAGACUGCCUACAUUGAUGCGUACUGGAAGUACAAUGCGGUGGUACGUCGCUACAAGGAUAAAAUCAAUGAUAAGAGGUUGGUCGUGUCACCGUCCGAGGACCUUACCACUCUACCGCCGCCAAGUGGCAACGAUGACGACGGCAACACCACGGAUCCAAUGCUGACUGAUCAAACAUUCGCCACAGUCGACGAGACCCGUGGCACUCUGGACGCCGUUGUGGAUCGGCACCAGGAGCUGGUAUCGAUGGAACAAUCCUUGCUCGAAAUGCGGGACCUGUUCGUCAUGUUCUCAACCCUGGGGACGGACAACGGUAAAAUGCUGAAUUUGGCCGAGGGUCAUGUUCAGGUGGCCUUGGAACAUGUGGUCACAGCGGCAAAGGAUGUCAAGGAGGGUCGAAAGUACUACACCCGGAUAUUUUUGGUGGUGCUGGUGAAAUUGAUUUUGAUUGCGGUUUUUAUAGCAGUGCAACUAAAUCUUUGA